AUGGCAAUGGCAUUGAAUGAUGAACAUGAAAUACAUAGUCCUUAUAUUCGGUUAUUUGUCAAAUUUCAUGGAUUAUUUGGUGUACGAUUAUCACCAAUCUGUUGGUAUGAUUGGCAUUCAAUUCUUCGAUUAUCAAUCAAUAUAUUAAUAAAUUUAAUUGUUGUUUAUGGAAUGUAUAUUGAAUCAGAUGAAACAUUCGGUUCAUAUCAAACACGAUCAAAUCUUUAUGGUUAUUUUCGUCGUGCUAGUAUUAUUAUAUCAUAUCCAUUAUGUUAUUUUUUUACAAUUUUUUCAUUUCAUUGUUAUGGUCAUCAUAUUAUUAAACAAUUAGAUUCACCUGUAUUCAAACAGAUUCAAUUACCUGGUAAUCAACAACAAUUAAAAACAAUUAUUAUAUUUAUAAUCAUUAAACUGAUUUGGGAUUAUCGUUAUAUGGUUAAUUCAUUUUUAAAAGUUUUUUAUUCAGAUUUGAAUGUUAUGAUUGUUAUCUGUGGAAUAUAUCUAUAUGAUUCAUCACAGCUAAUAACAUGGUAUAUUCUGUUUUAUUAUCAAUGGACACAAUAUUUAUCAUUUCGAAAAUUGAUUGCAAAAUUAUCCACAACAACAACAAAACGACGAAAAACAAAUAAUAAUUUUACAAUUGAACAACGUUUAUUUUGUUCAAUCAGAAAUCUUUCACGACCAAAUCGUCAAUUACAAUAUUAUUGUUCAUAUUUAUUAAUAGCCAUUAUAAUUGAACAGACAAAUUUAAUUAUACAUUUUUUUCUUUAUAUAAUACUUGAUCCAUAUAAAAUUGGUAUCGAAUGGUCAGAUAUUAUUGCACAAACAUUACGUACAUCAUUUUGUUUUUUAUUGGUUCAAAUUAAUCGUAAAAAUAUUCAACUUUUUGACCGAAUUUAUCAACAUUUCCGUUUGAAAUUUAUUGGAAACCAUAAUGAUCAAAAUAAUCAAAUUCCGAUACGUUAUUCAAAAUUCAAUCAAUUAAUAAUUUAUCGUAAAUAUUUUCAAUUAUCAAUAUUUCAAUGGCUUAAUAUUGAUUAUCUAUUUCUUGUUCAUUUAAUUUCAUUUUCAUUGGGCUAUAUAAUUAUUAUUUCACAGACAACCGAAUGA